AUGGUGUUACCACCGCCAUUCGACGACGCUUCGAAACAGCGCGCGCUACCAUUGUCAUUAUUAAAGGAUGAGUGAACUGUGCGUCUAAUUAACGAUUCAAGCAUGAUCGUUGUAAUACUGCUCUUCUGCAUCUCGACCGCCAGCUCUGAAGAAGUUGGCACCGUCUGCAAUUCCUGUAUCAAAGUGAAUACAGCUUGCUACAAUGUCUCCUAUCUAUUCGACAUCGAAGCUCCAUUCAGAAACCGAAUCGUCAUCAGCAAACUUGGCAUCCUCAGAUCGACGAACACCCUUUUCUUCAGCUUCGAACCUAGUAUUGAAGACAAAGAGUAUUACAAGGUCGGAUUUAUUAAUUUAGAUAAUCCCGUUAACAUAAGUGUCAUAUCAGGCGAAAAGCAAAUAAUGAACUUUGGCACGUUUGAUUUAGACCAAGAUAAUGAAUUGGUAUAUUUAGGAGGCAGCGACGGUAUCUACUUUCUAGAUACGAAAGUGAACAGAGUAGCACCAUACGGUUCCAGAGGUGAUAUAAUUAUAAGUUUAUUCUAUAAAGGUUACGUCUAUUUUAUAAAAUACGGUGAAUUUAAGAUUACUAAAAAGAAAGGAGAUAAUUUUGACGUGCUAUUCGAUAUGAUGCAAGUUAAGAAUUUUGUUUCCAAUAAGUAUGAUGUAUCGGUGUUACUGUGUGAUUAUGGCCUGUUUGCGAGCAAAAGAGACGAAAUGGUAUGGCUCUCAAAGAACUCAUAUUUUAGAGGAUUAACAAUCGAUUUAGAUAAUAACAUUUACGCUUGGUGGAUAGACGGCAUAUAUAAAGUGAUAAUAGAACCAAAGUUAGCGGAUUCUAGGAUUGUAAAAGUUGCACACAUUCCUUCCAUUGGCGCACUGACGUUUGACAAUGAUAAUAAUUUUCUCUUUACGGUUGGAAAAAGUUUAUUUAGAUUGAUUGAAACGAGCAACACAACUGUUUGUUGAUUUAUACUUAAUUACUAAUAAUAUUAGGAAUUAAUUUGCGGCCUUCGCGUAUAUAUUGCGUUCGCAGAAUUAGAAAUAUAAAUACAUAUAAGAGAUGACAUAUCGUAUUAGCUUAUUAUAUUUUUAUCCUUUGACGUAAUUUUUAUUAUAAAGCAUGCUAAUAGCGAGUUCACAUGACACAAAUACAUAUAUUAUGUUUAUGAAUAAUAAACGAAUGAUUUUCAAAAUAAUUAUAGCUUAUGAAACUAAAAAAAAUAAAUAAUAUUAAACGGAGAACAUAAGGGAAAUUAAAAUUAAAUUGUAUGUUGUAACGAAUAAUGAAAGAUAUCAGUGUAAAUCAUCUACAGCAAUAUUGAGGUCUUGAGUCAGAAGCUGAGAUCUUAAGUAUCUGGUGUUGUCUAUUCGGGUAAUCUUUAUCCAUUAAAUAAAUUAGGUUAAUUCCAUUCUGAGAAAACACAAUCUUAUAACAGAUUGAAAUAAAAUUAGUUUUUAACGGAUUUAAUCGC